AUGCAGAUCAAGGACGAAGAAACCCUGACAUUUCUCCACAAACUGAAGGGAGACCCCAAUAAGAGGUCCAAAGACAAGUACUCCCGCUUUCACUGUGAUCACAAUCAUGACACAUCUAAUUGCUACGACUUGAAGCAACAAAUAGAGGCUCUUAUCAGACAAGGAAAGUUGCAGAGGUCCAUCUACAAGGAAAGAGCGGACCCACCAAAAGAGCAAGUUGCCCGACGAGAGAACGAGCGUCCUAGGCUACCCGUAGGAGACAUAAGAAUGAUUGUGGGAGGCAUUAUGGCUUCUGCCUCAUCCAAAAGGGCUCGUAAGACUUACCUAAGGAUGGUUCAGAAUGUUCAACUAAUGGGUUUCGUCCUAAAGAUGGCACGAAUCAAUAACCCCAUCAUUGAAUUCUCAGAGGAAGAUGCUCGACGUCUCCAUCACUCGUAUGAAGAUGCACUCAUCGUUAGCAUACGGGUAGGAGACUACAACACACACCAGGUCCUGGUUGACAACGGAAACUCCGCUAACAUCCUCUACUACCCGGCAUUCCAGUAG